AGGAUGUUAGCGGUAUAUUUUGUGCCAUACCUUUUUGUUUUGAUGGAUGUAUCCACCAGCGGAUGAAGGGCAGUCCCGUGCAGCCUGUGGACCAAUCGCGACAGUCCUGACAGCAACGAGGGAUAACAGUUCAGUGGGAGAUGGCGCCCAGCUCGAAAUCAGAAAAGGACGAUAGCAAACAGAAAGCUAAAAGAAAACACAAAGACCAUGUCGUGAAGCUUCUCAUGCGUGGGAAGCUUUCAGGACAGUUUUCUCAACGCCUGUUCAGGAAGCUGCCACCUCGAGUGUGUGUCCCUUUAAAGAACAUUGUCAGCGAGGAGUUCCUGAGAGCAGGACAUGUGUUUCUUGGCUUUACCAAAUGCGGCCGCUAUGUUCUGUCCUACACCAGCGACUGUGGAGAAGACGAUGAUUUCUCUUUCUAUACCUACCAUCUUUAUUGGUGGGAGUUCAACCUGCACAGUAGACUCAAACAGGUCCAUCACAUACGUCUGUUUGCAGGCGAGGAAAUCUACAGCGACCUGUACCUGACUGUGUGUGAGUGGCCCAAUGACCACUCAAAAAUUGUCAUCUUUGGCUUCAAUACACGCAGUUCAAGCUCCGUUCUGAUGAACUUAAUGAUGAGUGAUGAAAACAACAGAGACAUCUACAUCACUAUUGCUUCCAUGCCUCCUCCUAAACCUUGCUCUUACUGCUGCCCAGUUCCCUCAGCCACUACCAUACGUACAGGAAGUGGAGAGUGUCUGGAGCAUGGCUAUGUGCUCAACAGCAGGUACCAGGUGGUGUACCCAUUCCCCACUUUCCAACCAGCUUUCCAGCUGAAGAAGGACCAGGUCAUCCUGUUAAACACUAGCUACUCUCUGGUGGCCUGCGGCAUCUCACUCUGCCCAGGUAAGCAGGGUCAGUCAUCGCAGAUCCUUUACACAAAGAGAGCCACUCUGUCAAGUCAGGCCUCUGCAUCGUUUUCCUCCCCCCCCUUGGCCUCUUACUCCUCACUACCUCAGGGAUCUCCUGAAAGCCGACUGCCACCGAGCAGACCUGCUCCAAUUCCCUCAUCUCCUAGCCAGUCUCAAGCAGCCGUGCGAGCCCGCGAGUUUGCAGCUGACCUCUUCAGGCGGGCCCAGGGAGGAGCAGGAGGAUCAGGAGCAGGAGGAUCAGGAGGAGGAGGAUCAGGAGGAGGGAAAGAAAACGAAAGCCAGGCAGAAAGGAGACCACCUGAUGGUGGUGAAAAGGAGGCAGCGCAGAUACCAGGAGAUAAAGGGAUACAUGUAGACAGGAGGAGAGAGGAGGAUGAUUGUAGAGAGAGGAGGAAGGAGGAGAGACGGACUAGUUUACCACAAGCGUCAACAUCAGAUGGGAGCCACAGUUUGCCACAGUGCUCUGAACAAGUGAUGUCUCCUGCCUCAUCACCUUCAUCCCCACCGACCCCAUCCCCGUCCCAGGAGGUUGGCCCCAGCGAGCCUGGAUAUGUCAACUAUUCACGUCUGCACUACCGCCUCCAACAGCCAGGGGCAGCAGAGCAGAAUGCAGGAGGUGCAGGAGGUUAUGAAGACGAUAAAGUUCAGCUACCUUUCACAGUCACUGACCUCAAAGGACGGAACCUGCAGCUGGUCACUGGGCCACACAAUGGACAGAGUGUGUGUGUGGAGCAGUUGACUCUAGACUUUGAGUAUCUUAUCAAUGAGGUGAUCAGGAGCGAUGCUGCCUGGGCUCCGCAGUUCUGCUCCUUCAGCGACUAUGAUGUUGUAAUAUUAGAGGUGUGUCCUGAAACCAACACUGUGAUGAUCAACAUUGGUCUGCUGUUACUGGCCUUCUCCAACUUGGAUGAGGAGCACUGCAGGCCAAACACGUAUCAUUCCAACCUGCAGGUCAGCUGGGACCUAAACACAGGUGUGUGUUGCACCGUGGGUGUUGGGGACCUUACAGAGGUCAAGGGUCAGACCAGUGGGAGUGUGUGGAGUUCUUACAGGAAGUCCUGCGUGAACACAGUGAUGAAGUGGUUGGUUCCCGAGAGCAGCUCCCGCUACAUUAAUCGCAUGACCAACGAAGCUCUACACAAAGGCUCGUCCCUGCAAGUGUUGGCAGAUAGUGACCGAAGUACCUGGAUUGUAUUAUGAUGAAAGAAGAAAUGUCAAAGCAACGGAAACAAAAGCACACACAGAUGCACGUCAACAUGGCCUCGUCGUCAGUACGGAGCUCGACCUUCAUCUGAGCAGAACUGCUCACGUUCAGCGACUGCACUUUGGUAACAUGUAGUUCAAACGCGUGUCAAAUAGAAACCGAACAAAGAACGCUCUAGAUGCUGUAAAGAUGACGAUGUUUUGGGUGGUAUGUGUGUUUAAUUUGUUUUCUUGUGUAAUUGUGUACUGUAUCAUUGCAACCGCCAAAACCGAGAGUCGGACUGAAAGAAGAUUUAGUUUUUACUUUUUUGUUUUUAUACAUAAAGGCGUACUGUUAUUGUAGUGCGAGUGUAACUGAGCAUAUGCAAUCUCUGCACCAGUGUGAUGUUCACAAGGGGAUUUCAUCCAGAGAAAUAAUUUGCGUGCAUGUUUAAUGUGUAUGUAACAUUUGACAGUCUGCUGCUUCUGAACAAGUUGUUUCAUCACUGGACCAGUUCAGUCUAGCUGUGUUGAUUCAUAAAGCUGCAGUAUUCAAAAUUAGACCUUCUGAACACAAUACUGCAUCACUUGACUCUUAGGGUCUUUUUUUAAACCUAUGCCAUGGAAGUAGAGGGGUUGGAUUUUGUGAAAAUAAAACAUUCAAAGGUUUUUUGUGGGUCUGCUGUAAUAAGAACUUGACACAAAGAUUCUGAGAACUAGUGAAAAUUGCGUUGUGGUGCUUGUACCCCUUUAUGCUGGCUUGCGAGUCUAGUUUUUGCUUUAUUUCUUGUGAAUUGCUGAAUGGUUUUAUUUCCUUAAGUUACUCAAAUAAAACAUGGAAUAUAAAUAGUAUUUUCAUUUUUCAACUGGUAGACAUUUGCAGUAAUUUUAAAGACACUCUGCUGUUUUGUACUUGAGAGGUUAUUUAACAGAAAGCCUUUGUUAGAAUUGGGCAUUCAAGAGGCAGUGAGGGUGAAACUAAAUUUGCUAUUGAACUGCAUAAUGGGAAAUGUAGGAUCCAGUAGUUUUGGAGCUUGGCUCAUAUCGACUAAAAGUCGGGA